CCCCGACACCUGCCCCUCUCACUCUAAGGCGUUAGGAGCAGCUCGCCGAGUCGCCAGCUCGUGAUAUCGACAACAUCAACCGAGCCGCGGGACCCAUGGCUUCUGUUCCGCCACUCCAGGUCUCCUUGGACGAACACGAAGGUUCUGGCCAAGAGGGUGUUCAGGAAGUUCAGGAAAUCGCUAAUGGAACCGAAUCAAAUGUGAAAAAGAGAAAACAAAGGGAAACAGAAAUCAGUGUCUUGGAGGAAAGGGCGUUGCAGAAAGGUAUACCGCAGACUGCAGAUGAAUUCGAGAAGUUGGUUAGGAGCUCUCCAAAUAGCAGCUUCGUCUGGAUAAAGUAUAUGGAAUUUUUGGUUGACCUCGUGGAUGCUGAGGAAGCACGUUCAGUUGCUGAAAGGGCUUUGAGAACAAUAAACAUUCGAGAAGAGGAUGAGAAACUCAAUGUAUGGGUAGCUUACUUUAACCUUGAAAAUGAAUAUGGGAGUCCACGAGAGGAUGCCGUCAAGAAGAUAUUCCAAAGAGCCAUGCAGUAUUGUGAUCCUAAGAAGGUGCACCUGGCUCUUCUUGGAAUGUAUGAGAGGACUCAACAGCAUCAACUGGCAGAUGAACUUCUUGAUAGAAUGACCAGAAGAUUCAGGACUUCACACAAGAUCUGGUUCCGCCGCAUUCAAUUUUCUCUCAAGCAAAGUGAGGGCGUUGAAUACAUCAACUUUGUCGUAAACCGCGCGCUUCUAGGUCUGCCACAGCGCAAGCAUAUAAGGUUUCUCACACAGACCGCUAUCCUGGAGUUCAAGUGUGGGGUGCCUGAGGAAGGGAGAACCAGAUUUGAGCUGAUCCUAUGGGAUCAUCCAACAAGAACAGAUAUUUGGAGUCUUUACCUUGAUCAAGAAAUUCGACUUGGUGACACGGAAAUUAUACGGGCAUUAUUUGAAAGGGUGAUAUCCCUUAGUCUUCCUCCAAAAAAGAUGAAGUUCUUGUUCAAGAAAUACCUGCGAUAUGAGAAGUCUCAGGGCGAUGAAGAAAGAAUCGACCAUGUGAAGCAAAAGGCACUCGAGUUUGUGAACAUGCCCUACGAAUAAGCAUGACAAUCAUUUAAUGUCAAAGAAAAUUCCUCAGAAAUGCAUUCGCCCGUGGAAUAGUAAAACUCUUAGGUCAGCUCAGUACUUUAUUCUUUUGA